UGGUUAUACUUGGCCAAUUCCUGGAGUGACAGUAGAAGCGAGUCAACAAGCCUUGAUGACUUUUAGUAAAAUGCCUCGAGAGCGACAUUGUCACUUUGAACGAAAGCUCGUUCAUUAUUGCCAUAAAUAUGACAAAUUAAAGGCUCAAUCACUCUCAAUCCAUUACCAGCCGUUACCGGAUAAUUAACCUUUGUUUUUAAGGUUUAAACAAAAGGGAUUAAUUCCAGAGAACGGGGGCUUUAAUGCUUACAGCCGGAUCGUCGUCGGCCAUCUGGGGAAUUAUCGGCGAUAGUCAGGGCACGACUUCAAAACCCGGACUUCAUGUGUCGCCUUCUGAUAAUGGGUGUUAGUUCCCAUUUCAUCAUGGGGAGGAGCAAAUCAGAACAGGAUUGGGGUCGGAAACCAAAUUUCGCCUUCUGGUAUUUCCCGCCGGGAGAAAACGAUGUCUCCAUCCAAUGGGUUUUUUGCUCCACUAGUAUAUCAGUGGGUUACUGUUCUAAAAUAGAACAUAGCCGAUGACCACCAUCGUAAUGAACUGAUCGGAGGAGAAGGAAAGACGUUUGUGAAUAUGCAGAUGGCGGAGUGUGGCCGCAGCGGGAGUCUCCGUACGUUCAUCUUUCUUUCUUAUGUCGCAGUACACUCUCCCGAAACGUUUCUUUACGGUGACGUAGCCGAUCUCUCUUCUUCACCAGCACCACAGAAUCUCCGGCCCAUGACGACUACGGGAAGAAGAAAGUCGUUCGCCAUCAAAAUGUCGGCGGAGACACCAUCGCCGUCCCAAUCGCUGUCUCAUUUCAUCACACUGCCUUUCCACCCCUCCCAUCCUGUCUUUGUUGUUGCUGCCAACGGAGUCUGCCUUCCUGUGAGAGAUUAUUGAUUUCACUCGCUUCUCUCCGCCCCAGCAUUUCUGUGUUUUCUGGAGGAGGUCUGAUGCAUGCCUUUUUGUUUAUGCAGGAAUGCGAUUGAUUCUUCGCUCUUCAAGCAGUGGCUGCCAUAAAUCCUGCAUUCUGAUGACAGUUCACACAACACCUACCAUGGAGAGAACGUCAGUGUUAGGACUUAGAACCAACUUCAUUUUUCAGUACACCUUGCACACACUCCUCUUUGCUCUACCAUCUCGAUUAUAGUCAGAUUCUAGUCAUAAUUAUUCUGCAAAAAAUGAUGAUAGAACUAUAUAGUGCAGAAGAUCCUUAAGCAGUUGAUGGACCGAUCCUCCUCUAGGUGAUCGUAUUGGACUGAGAGGUUUCCACGCAGGCCCACUUGGUGUCUCGUUCAGCCUACCUAGUUGAGGAAGAAGAGUCCGCUUCCGAUAAACAUAGGGUUAGGCAAGUUACUUGUACGGGAAGUAAUAAUCCCUCUCCCAUUCCUAGUUGGGAUAGAAUUGUUCCUUCUAGUACAGACGUGAGAAAGGAGCAUAUAUAUAGCUCUUGUGUAAGGCCAAUGGUCGUAAGCUAAUAAGAAAAGUAGUCGUGUUCUGUGGACGUAGGUCUCACACACUGUGAGGCUGAACCACGUAAAAUCUCGUGUUCGUGUUACUCUUCCGCAUUGUUUUACUUUUUAUCAUGGUAUCAGAGAUUGAUCCAAAGUCUUGUUGAUCAGUCUCACAGUUUCAUCUUAUCAACAUGGGCGACGAUGAGAAGAAGCCAAUGGGCUCCCCGUCCGCCACUGUCGGUGUUGAGAAAGAUCAGUCGUCACCAUUGUAUCUCCAUCCGUCAGAAGCUGCAAGUCAAUUGCAGGUUGGAGAUGUUCUCACGUCAAGCAAUUAUGGAGAGUGGGUUGUUGAGAUGACCGAUGCUCUCAUAAUCAAAAACAAGUUUGGGUUCGUAGACGGCACCAUUGAGAAGCCUACCACGAAUCCCGAUCUCAUCGCAUGGACUAGGUGUGACGCCAUCGUCAAAGGAUGGUUGCACACCGCGAUGGACAAAGAAGUACGUGCUACUGUCAGGUAUGCUCGAACAGCACAGGAAAUCUGGACUGAUUUGAGGGAUCGGUUUUGUCAAGGAAGCGCAUCUCGAGCGUACGAGAUUCGUCGUCUUGUCAGCUUGCUACAGCAAGAAAAGUUUAGUGUAUCAUCCUUUUACACUCGUCUACUUACCUAUUGGGAGGAAUCUCAAUCCAUCUCCCCGUCUCCUAAGUGCAGUUGUGGUCUUUGUACGUGUGGACUUGAGCGUCGUACAAAAGAGAGAGAUGAGAGUAAUCGUCUCUUUGACUUCUUGAUGGGCCUGGAUGAUAGUUUUGGCACGGUUUGUACGCAGGUCCUAACCAUGAAGCCAACUCCAAGUCUCACAGAAGCGUUCAACAUCGUCUUGUCCGACGAGCAGUAGUGACUCAUCGCUCAAAAACGCAGCCCACAGCCCGGUGGUUGUGAAAGAGUCCGUCCAAAAUGCUCUCAUUGCGGCAAACCUGGCCAUCGUAAAGAAUUUUGUUAUGAUAUAAUUGGUUGGCCAGAUUAGGAGAAGUCGCCGCAAGAAGCAGCAGGUAAUGGCCAAAAUGGUCGUCGUCGCCGCAACUCAAACAACGGACAGAAUCCCAAGGCAUCGCAGGCCGAGGUUGAGAGUCUGGUACCAGGCUUCAGUAUGCAGCAGCUUGAGCAGCUCAAGCUUUUCUUCUUUCAAUCGCCAUCAGCUGACUCGCCAUCCUCAAACAUGGCAGGUACGUUGUAUCCAAGCUCUGAAUGAUUGAUUGACUCAGGUUGCAACGAGCAUAUUGUGUUUGAUGAUUCUAUGUUAAGUGAUGUGAUGCUGGAUUCCACUAGUCGGCCUGUUAAAAUUCCCAACGGAACUAGUGUUCCCGUGGCUAAAAUAGGCUCAGUUGUUCUAUCGUCAGGAUUGAAAUUGGAUAGAGUACUUCACGUGCCCCAAUUUCGUUGUAAUCUGUUAUCUGUCAGUCGUCUUACAAAGGAGAAUGACGUUGCUUUGAUUUUUCUCCACGAUUUUUGCAUUCUCCAGGACUUACAAUCCAGGAGCAUGAUUGGGAAGGGGAUUCUCCGUGAUGGUCUUUAUUAUCUUCGCCUCUUUGCAAGCAGUGAUCGUCAAGCAUUUGCCGCCGCAUGAGGCCAAGCAGUUUCGUCCACGGUUUGGCAUUCAAGACUGGCUCAUCCAUCUCUGUCAAAGAUGGUGCAGUUAGCUCCUCUUUUGUCUCCUACCCUUCGAGUUAAUGAGGAGUUUUGUCAUUCGUGUUCUCGUGCUAAACAGACUCGCACACCUUUUGUUUCUAGAAGCAUUAAAACAUCGGAUUGUUUUGAGCUUAUUCAUCUUGAUCUAUGGGGUAAUUACAGUAUUCCUUCUACUGAUGGUGCUCACUAUUUUCUCACCAUAGUCGAUGAUUAUAGCCAUGGAGUCUGGGUUUAUCCUCUCCGUUAUAAAUCCGAUGUUGCGAG